GCAAACCUGCUAGUGCUUUAAACAGAUCCCAUCGACCAUCUCGAUCUCUUUUCUUUUCCUUCCUCUUCUUCGGUAGCUUCAAAGGCCUUGAUCUGCUAUGGGUAACUUGUCUCAGAGAGGAGCUCUCCGUCGGUAAGCUCCGACCUGGUCUUUUAUCUUAACAUCCACCUCGACUACCUCAAAUAGCUUGACAAUACCACCCACUUUGACUUCCUCAAAGUCUCUACCUACUGCAUAUUAAUCGUCUUCUCGCUGCCAGCAGCACUUGCCAUUCAACGUGCAUUCCCGACGCCCAUGGCUGACUAACGUGCCAUAUCCCUUUAUAUCGCCACCUGGUUCUUAAGCAGAUACCAGCUAGGUUGAUCGCUGUAAUUGACAUAUCUUUAACUUGACAUCGACCCACGCUUUCUGUCGUUCACAAUGACGGUCGGAACAAAUGAUGAACAGCGAACGGAGUACUGCAAAGGAUACAAGGAAGAUGUGGAUCUCAUUCGAGAACGCGAAUAUCCUCAUCUUAAAGAUACUACAUAUCUGGACCAUGCAGGAACUACUCUGUACGCAAAGUCUUUGAUUGAGUCCUUCUCACGGGACCUCACCUCCAACUUGUUUGGGAAUCCACAUUCCAUGUCCUCGUCGUCUCAGCUAUCGACGCAGCGAAUAGACGAUAUUCGUCUACGGGCUCUCCGCUUCUUCAAUGCUGAUCCGGAGGAGUUUGAUCUUGUGUUCGUUGCAAAUGCCACGGCUGCGAUCAAGCUAGUCGUCGAUUCGUUUCGCGACGCAACUCCAAAGGGCUUCUGGUAUGGGUACCACGUUGAAGCCCACACUAGCUUGGUUGGGGCGCGCGAAGUGGCAGAUGCGGGAAGUAGGUGCUUCAUGUCCGAUGAAGAAGUCGAGACAUGGAUUUCAGAUUCAGAUGCUAGUCCAGACGAGGGGCCGAAGCUGUUUGCGUUUCCUGCCCAGUCGAACAUGAAUGGUCGUCGAUUCCCUGUUCGCUGGUGUAGGCAAAUUCGAAAUACAGAUGGGGAUGCUGGAGACAGGUACUCGCUUCUGGACGCGGCGUCGCUGGUAUCGACCUCGCCACUGGAUUUGAGCGAUGCAUCGGCUGCGCCGGACUUUACUGUUCUCAGCUUCUAUAAGAUUUUCGGAUUUCCCGAUCUAGGUGCCUUGAUUGUUCGGAAACGUGCAGGCCACGUUUUCGAUAAACGAAGGUUUUUCGGCGGUGGAACGGUGGAUCUGGUCUUGACCCAGGGAAUGCAAUGGCAUGCAAAGAAGACCUCGAUCCAUGAACGAUUGGAGGAUGGGACGCUCCCAUUCCACAGUAUCAUUGCACUCGAUGCCGCUUUCGAUACCCAUGCUCGUCUUUUUGGUUCAAUGGCGAAUAUCUCGUCCCACACGCGGUACUUAGCCAAGGCUUUAUACGAGCGUCUAUCUGCCUUGACGCAUUUCAACGGGCAGAAAGUGUUCCAGUUCUAUAUGACCCCUGAUGUGGACUUCGAGGAUACGUCGACGCAAGGCCCAAUUCUUGCAUUCAACCUCCGCAGUAGCCAAGGUGCUUGGAUCGGCAAGUCCGAAGUCGAACGACUUGCAAGCGUCAAGAAAAUCCAGAUCAGGUCCGGAACAUUGUGCAACCCAGGGGGUGCGGCAGAUAGCCUUGGGUGGACUGGGCCCGACAUGAUCCGACACUAUUCCAAUGGACUGCGCUGUGGAGACGACAAUGACCUGAUGGAUGGGCGUCCAACUGGUAUUUUGAGGGCUAGUUUGGGUGCCAUGACCAACAUCAGGGACAUCGAAACACUCGUGGAUUUUGUGGAGGAGUUUUACGUGGAGCGAUCGCCAAAUUCAUGCUCGCUGCUACCUCCGAUGGAUGCUGCAGUAUCGCAACCGCCUGGAUUCUAUAUUGAAAGUCUCUCGGUGUACCCCAUCAAGAGCUGCGGAGCUUUCAAGAUCCCUGACGGCCAGCGAUGGGAGAUCAAACGGGAGGGACUAGCGUGGGAUCGCGAGUGGUGUUUAAUCCACCAGGGUACAGGAACAGCUUUGAAUCAGAAGAGAUACCCUAAGAUGGCGCUAAUCCAGCCAUUCGUUGAUCUUGCACAAGGUGUCCUGCGGGUUUCGUGUGGGAGAGGGACGGGGAAAACCUCCUUGGAACUACCUCUUGAUCGCGAGGGCACCAAUUUGGUUACAACUUCUUUAUGCCAAAAUACCGCCAAAUCCUCUACUGUUUGUGGAGACCAGGUCACCGUCCAAGCUUAUACCUCACCGACUGUCUCCUCUUUCUUCUCAGACUUUCUGGGCGUUCCGUGCUCACUUGCGCGGUUUCCACCUCAGAUCUCGACGAGAUAUUCCCCUUCCAAGGUCAGGGUACCGCAAGAUAAGGAAGAGUCGAUUAUGCCGGGGUCUUUCCCACAAGAUACAUCAGGGCCAGCGCCCGGACAGACUCGGAUCUUGUUGUCUAACGAAAGCCCUAUACUGUUGAUCUCCCGUUCGUCGGUCAAUCGUCUCAACGAAACGAUCAAAUCCAAACCUAAACCUAAGAACACCAACCAAGCCAACUAUAAGAGCUCCAGUAAAGCGGUCGCUGCCGAUGUUUUCCGCGCCAACAUUGUGGUUGCUGAGAAUCUUUCCCAACUGGCUAAUACCGAACAACCCUAUAUUGAAGAUCAAUGGCAAUCGUUCAGCGUCGGUUCCCAGCAUGUUCACUUUGAUGUCUUGGGAUCCUGCCAACGAUGUCAAAUGGUCUGUAUUGACCAGUAUUCCGGCGUGCGAGGAGAGGAACCCUUUUCGACACUGGCGAAAACUAGGAAGAUCAAUAACAAGAUCAAUUUCGGGAGACAUGCAUCUCUCUCUACGGCGGACGAUGAUUCUGCUGCUUCUACGUCUAGGACUAUCAUGGUUGGCGAGACUGUUUAUCCGUCAUAUAAGCAUAACGGGUGCUGAUUUUUUUUUUUUUUUUUUUUU